CUCCUGAACCUUGAACUCAAGCUGCAUCAUCCCUUAACUCCUUUUCAAAAUAGCAACUCGUUUAUACCCUGGGUCUCGGGUAUAACAUCUGGUAUCAGAGCUUCUUGUUCCUAUAUCCCAGAGGGCCAAGAAAACUCUUCCACUCUUUCUCCUUUCCUUCAUCCUCAUUACGGCCAAAACACUCUCCCCUCCCCAUUUAAUUCAUCCAAGCUACUGCCCUACUUUCAUUAUUUCACUCCCUAGUUCAAAAUAUGUCUCACACCUCCCAAAAUAUCACCAAGGAAGAUUUGGUUGCAUCUAAUGCCGAACUCAAAGCUCAAGUUGAGUAUUUGGCCAAACAAGUGGCUCAACUUACCAAGUUGAAAAUGAGCAUGGUCCAAACUCCAGAGGAAGGCAAAGAUGAGCAAGAAGAGGACGUCCAAUCCGAAGUUCCUUCUCCCACGAUGAGGAGAAACAACCAAGAGAAGUCUUCCUCUGACUUCAAGGUUGAAAUCCCAACCUUCGAUGGAAAAGAUGACCCGGAUUAUUUCAUCAAAUGGUUAGAGACGAUUGAACGCGUCUUUGACUAUACCGAAGUGCUGGAGGACAGGAAGGUCAAGCUUGUGGCCUUAAAAUUCAGAGGCUACGCAUCUACGUGGUGGACUAACACUACCACCAAGCGCAAAAGAGAAGGCAAGGUUGCUGUUAAAACAUGGACAAAGAUGAGGACUUUAUUGAGGAAGAAAUUCAUUCCCACCCAUUAUAUAAGGGAAAACUUUGCUAGGCUUCAACACCUAAGGCAAGGAAAUCGGUCCGUCGAAGAAUACAACCGAGAGUUUGAAGAACUCUUGAUGCGGUGUGAUCUCCAAGAGAAUGACUCGCAAACCUUUGUGACAUAUCUCUUUGGCCUAAACACCCAAAUCCCUAACACCGUGGAGCUGCAAACCUUUGAGAACCUUGAAGAGUUAACCAAAAACUUUGGAUAUUCUCCAUACCAAGAUCCUGAUGGGGAUGAUUAUUAUGAACCUCAUGGUGACCAAGAUGACUAUGACCAAUUUGGGCCUAUGUGUGACGAUCAAUCUGAUCCACUCGUCGAAGAAAUAAUAAGAUUAGAACAGAAAAUCUUCUAUUUCGACGAACUUUUAUUCGCUGAAGGCUCGUGGUAUGAACCACCCUACUCCCGUGACUACACUUUGUUUGCUGAAGAACAAAUUGAAGCAAACAAGGUGGCAAUUCGAGAAAGAGCAAAACUUCUCGAAUCAGUCCGGAAGGAAAAGGAGUUCGAAAGGAGAUUAUGCGAAGGAUCAGAUAUGAUGCAGAAAAUGCUAGAUGACUUCCAAAGAGAGAGACUAGAAGCGGAGGCUAAAGCUGAUAAAUUAGUCAAUGAUCUCUGCAAGGCUGUUGAACUUAAACACUCCCUCCGAUCUCAAGAUCAAAUGAGGGAGAUUAAUGUUCAAAAAGAGGCUCUAGAACCUAAGACCAACAGGGCUACUGUGGUGAUGUUACCUGAAUACCGUCCUAGCCAAGUCCCAACCAGCAUAGUCGUACAUGAGGUGGAACCAACUGAGGGACCUGACUCAGAACCACCUAUGCUUAUUCAAGAAAAGGAGGAGGAAGUUUUGCCUACGGCAAUAAACGACCAUCUCCUUAAUUGUGUUGAAGACACACCUCCAGAGGAACCUGUUCUGGAGGAGAUAGAGCCCACUACCUACCCCCAAGAUUCCAACGUUCAAGAGUCUGAGGAGGAAUCUAUAGACGAAGAAAUACUUAGCACAGAGGAACCAAUAACGUCUAUAGAUAAUCAUGCUUCAUCAGAAGACUUAGACCAAACUUUCUUUGACUCCCUACUUGACGGGUGUGACCUUGUCUGCCCGAAGGAUAGUUGGAGCCAAAAGAGUUGGGAUGAACUUCUGGUAAGUAACACUGAAGACUCAUUCAUGGGGGAAAGCAUGUUCGUAAUCAUCAAACCUCAAAUGGAUAGUCAGCCUAUUGAAGAUAAGAAAGAAAUCAAUUUCACAAUCAAGGCUAACGAUGUGGAUCUACUGAGGAGACUUCCGCCACCACCCACCUAUACCAAGUCUCCUCCAUAUAUCCUGUUGCCACCAUGGCGCAGGGAGGAGUCAAGGAUCCUAGACCUUGACCGAGCAAAAAUUCAAACAGGGUGGCAUCAGAAGAGAGUUAGAAGGACCAAACUUUAUGACUCUCGGAUCGGAAAGUCGCGGAAAAAGUGGAUGCCUCAUCGUCCUUCUUACCCUACUGUGGACCGUAAUGAGGUCCAACUGAUUGAUGCUGCUUCUAGGACGAGGUUCGAUGAGUGGGGACACUCACGGGUGUUACACGAGUCUGUGUGUCUUGCUCAGGACACACUGACAGACUAUGGCUAUGCAGAGGAGAUGGAGGAGCUGCUUGAGGGGACCAGAUGGCAGCGCCUGCUUCAGAUGAGGGCAGAGUCUAGCCUACCACUAACCAUCGAGUUCUUAUGCUCGAUAUCUACUAUCCCGGAGAUUGAGUCACGCCAGAUGACUCAAACUUUGAUCACUUUUGAUACCACAUUUGCUUUCACUCUUGCGGGCCAGUCAUUUCAUUUGACAGUGAGAGAGAUGGGUGUUCGUCUCGGGAUCUACACCCAGGAGGAGACCGAGCAGCCUGAGUUCUACGACGAUCCCUUUUGUCUUCCCGCAGAUUUUGAUGCUAUAGCUUUCUGGAGGGAGCACUCAUCUGACGACAAGGAGUUCGUGAACAAGAAGAGUAAGGCACGCUACUGGAUUCGGCCCAGCUGGAGGAUCCUAUCUUUUGUUCUUUCGACAUCCUUCUUUGGGAGGCCGUCGAACACUGAUAGGGUUUACGAGGAGGAUAUGUUUGUCUUUUGGAACUUGCACGACCGCCAGCCGGUGAACGUGGCGGUGUACCUGGCCAGAUUCUUAUACUCCCAGUCCUACGGGUGUAGGAUGCACUUGGUGUGUGGGUUCGUAAUUACACUGCUCUUUCGCUCCCUCAUGGGGAACGCACCGAUCCCACGGUCUGUGUAGUUGAUGAGGGAUUUAGAUGCCGGCAUGCUCCGGAAUGCUUACAUCCACCGGAGACUCUUUCCUAGCUCUUUUGAGAGCACUACGGCCUCUACUGGCCGCACUUCACAUGAGAUUGGAGAGUCCUCCGAUCAGUCACAGAGAUCGUCUCAGCGCCUUCCUCGUCGAUGACCUACCAGAGCACAGUUGGCUCGCGCUCAGACGGAGGUAGCACCGGCAUGGGCCCAGCAGCUCUUGUAGAACCAGAACACACUUAUGCAGUCCGUUGCGGCACUCCAGCAGCAGGUGCAUGGUUUAGACAGGAUACGUGAGGCAUUGGGUUUCG